ACCUCAGCUCAGACGCUUCGCGACGGCCCUGCUGCUCCGCUCUGCGUUCCCCGUUCCUUUCCUCGUGUGCUCUCCUUUCCUCGUGUGCGGCACGCCAAGGCAGCAAGCGAUCCUUCCAGAAUGCUCCUCCGCGUCGGCCGCCGGGCCGCGCUCCUCCUAGCCGCAACCGCCGCCUUCUCGCGCCUCCGCGAUCCCGACACAGCCGUCUACGUUUCGGCCUCCCCGCCGCAGCCGCCACGCCAGGCCUUUUCCUCCUCCGCCGCCGCCGAGGGCCUCCGCUCCGGCACCUGCCUCUUCUCCCCGUAUCUGCUCCCAUAUCCGUUCCAAGGGUUCCCAGUACUGAAUACCUUCACGUCUGCAUCGGUUUCACCUGCUAACAAUGGCGACCAAGGUUCUGACGGAAGCUCUGGUGAUCCAAGAUGCUGCCCAGCGUGUCUAGGCAGGAAUUCGAUUGCCAAGGCGGCAUCUGCAGUUGGUCCUGCUGUUGUAAACAUUUCUUCUAUGCAUGAUAUGCAUGGAUGGGUAAACGAGCAGAGCAUUGGAUCUGGAACUAUAAUAGAUCCAGAUGGGACUAUAUUGACAUGUGCGCAUGUUGUUGCAGAUUUUCAAAGCACAAAAGCAAUUGUGAGGAGAAAGGUUAGUGUGACUUUACAAGAUGGUCGUGAAUUUGAAGGUGUUGUCCUUAAUGCUGACCGCCUGUCUGACAUUGCCGUUGUGAAGAUUAAGUCGAUGACCCCUUUACCUGCUGCCAGGCUUGGAUCAUCAUCUCAACUUCAGCCAGGUGACUGGGUUGUUGCUCUGGGCUGUCCACUUUCUCUUCAGAACACAGUUACAGCUGGUAUUGUCAGCUGUGUUGACCGGAAAAGCAGUGAUCUGGGUCUUGGAGGAUUACGAAGGGAGUAUCUUCAAACAGAUUGUGCUAUUAAUCAGGGAAAUUCUGGAGGACCUCUUGUUAACCUUGAUGGUGAGAUUAUUGGAGUUAAUGUGAUGAAAGUUCGUAAUGCUGAUGGUUUGAGCUUUGCAGUACCAAUUGACUCUGUCAUUAAAAUAGUAGAUAACUUUAACAAAAAUGGGAGAGUUGUAAGGCCAUGGCUUGGUUUAAAGAUGCUUGACCUGAACCCCAUGAUCAUUGCACAGCUCAAAGAAAAGUCAAGUACUUUUCCAGACGUAAGAAAAGGGGUGCUUGUUCCUAUGGUUACACCAGCAUCUCCAGCUGAACAAGCAGGGUUUCGUCCUGGGGAUGUGGUUGUCGAAUUUGGUGGCAAACCAGUUGAGAGCAUCAAAGAGAUAAUUGAUAUCAUGGGGGACAAGGUCGGGAUACCAUUUAAAGUUCUUGUUAAAAGAGCGAACAAUGUGACAGUGACAUUAACUGUGAUACCGGAGGAGGCAGAUGCCAGCAGAUAGACCUAAACUAUCUGCUGGGAAGCUGAUCUAAAGCCAAAGGGGAGGAUUUUCCAUGGAAACUCCAAUUUUUCUCAAGAUAUAAUACAAGAUGCCGUGGACACCUGUAGACAAAAUUUUAUGUUGAGUUCUGUAUGUGGCCAAAGGAUGGUUGACAGGACCACCCGAAAAAGGGGACGAAGAUAAAUAGGAAAUAUGUAUUAUUAGCUCCAUGCUCAGUUAAGGUACAUGUUGGUUUUGGUUAUCUGCGGCAUAAUCAAUAACGGUAGGACUGCAUUCUACUUCU